AUGCUCAUCCUCAUCAAGUACCACAUCCGCAGUAUAUGGCACAAUAUCCUCAUCCUCAGAUGCAGCAGUAUCCGUACCAUCAGUGGCCUCCUCAUCCGCACAUGGCACAGGCGCCUCAUCAAUACGUGUCUCCUUAUAUGGGACCUCAUGUUGUUGGGUAUGCUCCUCAGCCAGGAUAUGCUCCUCACCCUGGGAAUGUCCCCCAAGCUGCACGUGGCCAACAUCCAGGACAUGUCCCUCAACAAGGAAAUGCCCCUCCUCAGCCAGGCAAUAUUCCUCAAGCCGGACGUGGCCAACAGCCAGGACGUGGCCCUCGACCAGCAAACGCUCCUCCUCAACCAGUGCCUGCCCCUCCAGCCGGACCUGUAUCUCAACCAGGAGCUGCUUCUCAGCCCAGGAAUGUCCCUCAAGCAGGCAAUGCCGGCCAGCCUGGAAAUGUCCCUCCUCAAUCUCCUCUCUUUACACCGGUGGGUACACCCAGAUGGAGCCCUACUCCGACACCUGCACCUCAGUCUGUUGCCUCUACUCCGGCUCGUCAGUCUGCUUCUCCAACCCCGGUACCUGAGUCUACUGCCUCGACCCCUGCACCCGAGACUGUCCCAUCUACCCCUGCGCCUGAGUCUGUAG